UCGGCUGGCCCAAGGAGCACACAUUUUUAAAGGGUGACUUUUAUGCUAUAUGAAAUACAUAUCAAUUUAAAAGUCAAAUUACAUUUUUAAAAAUUGCAGCAUUCUUAGAGGACCCAUGCUAUCCAGGGAAUGCAACCCAACAGCAACAAAUACAAGGCCAGCCACUCCCCCUCACAACCUCUACCCCGCAUCCACCCAGACCCACACCCACACCCCCACUACGACUGUCCCAGGGCCGCAAUCCCACCAUUCCUCCCGGAGAAGUAAGGCCCGGGUUAACGACUGUGACUGGGAGAGCUGAUGACUGGAUGAAGCUGUGAAAGAGGGCGGGGUGAAAAGGGGCGGUCCAGUCCCCGACGGCGAGGGGCGGGGCAGAGGGAAGCCUUCUCUCGCGAGAUUUUGCUGGUUCCGCAUUUAAGCUCUCUUAGGUGGGGGAGGCGGGCGAGGUGGGCGCAGCAGCUUGCACCGGCUUAUAUCAGCUCGACCCCGGCUCGGAGCAGCAGCGGCCAGUCCUUCUGCUGUCGGCGGGCUGAGGACUGUGGGCUCCCUCUCGGUUUCCGCGCCGGCUCCGAAUCCUGACCGCGGCGGGGGCCAGCGCCCCCUCCCAUCCCCUCCGAGGAUAGAAGAUGAGCUUCCUCUUCAGCAGCCGCUCUUCUAAAACAUUCAAACCAAAGAAGAAUAUCCCUGAAGGGUCUCAUCAGUAUGAACUCUUAAAACAUGCAGAGGCAACUCUAGGAAGUGGGAAUCUGAGACAAGCUGUUAUGUUGCCAGAGGGAGAGGAUCUCAAUGAAUGGAUUGCCGUUAACACUGUGGAUUUCUUCAACCAGAUCAACAUGUUAUAUGGAACUAUUACAGAAUUCUGCACUGAAACAAGUUGUCCAGUCAUGUCUGCAGGUCCAAGGUACAUAUUACUGCCUAUUAUAUGGGUAUUGGAAUUACUAAAUAAAAAUAUUCACGGCUAUUCUGGGAUAUUUGUUCUUCCAAAGAACUUAGAAUCAUUUUGUCAAGGUGUCCCAUUUCCCAAAAACUUUAUGUCUGUGGCAAAGACCAUUCUAAAGCGUCUGUUCAGGGUUUAUGCCCAUAUUUAUCACCAGCACUUCGAUUCUGUGAUGCAGCUGCAAGAGGAGGCCCACCUCAACACCUCCUUUAAGCACUUUAUUUUCUUUGUUCAGGAGUUUAAUCUGAUUGAUAGGCGUGAGUUGGCACCUCUUCAGGAAUUGAUUGAGAAGCUUGGAUCGAAGGACAGAUAAAUGUUUCUUCUAGAACAAAGUUAUCCUCUUGCUUCAUCUAAUGCUAGAGCUAUCUCGUUGCUAUCUGUUAUAAAUUAGUGAUACAAACUUUAACAGGAUAAAAAGACACCAAUUGUCUGAGUCUACUGAUAAAAAUUGUCCCAAAGGUAGGUUGGCCUAAUAUCUUCAGAGUGAGAAAUUCAGGACACAGCCAAAUCUGAGGCACUGUGUGACCACUCCUGUUAUUGUCACAAAAUCACACUUGGUUUAUAUGAUUAUUAACCUGUAGUUUACCAGAGUACUUACUAUUCUUUUAUUAAAGAACAUGAUUGAGUCUUUUCAGGGUACAGGAUAAUGGAUAUUAAGAAUUUCCAUCAAUAAUUUAUUAAUAGGUUUUCCACAACAAAUUUCCUCAUAGCACAAUCAGAUCAGUUUUAUCAUGCUUUUAUUUUACAAAUAGAAGGGAUAUUUUUAAGUUUCCUUAAGAUUUAAAGUACGUGUGUCACUUUGGAUAACCUUUUAGUUUGAAAUUGUACACUAGUGUUUUUAUAGAUAAUACAUGUAUGCAUAUUUUUCAAAAUCCAUCAUUGCAGUUUAAAUCAUCAUAUGACAUGUGUGGCAGUAACCAAAGUUAUUUCAAAAAUGACUUUAUUUUUAAAUCUUUAUUUGGAAUUUUAUUCAUAUAUGAACCUAUUUUAAUGUUUAGGAGUAUGUAUCAGAAAUAAUUUUUUAAGGCAUCUAAGGAUGGUCUUGUAGAUUUUUAUUUUGAAAUACUUCAUUCAGAUGAAUUUUAAUAUGCAACUUUGGGCUGAAAAAAAACUUUCAAAAAAUUAUGACAAAUUUAGGUCUCAAAACCACUAUUUUCAUUCAUAUUGUCUUUCAGAGGCCUUGAAAUUCUGGAUAGGAGAAUGGAAGAAAGUAUUCAGAUUUCUUGAUUAUUUUGUUUUGAGUUUCCUUUUAAAAAAAAAAUUACUUCUAUAUGUUUUUAUUGUGACUUGAGACUUAGUUAAGAGUAGUGGAGAAAUGCACGAACUUUAUCCCAAUAAGGAUAAAACUUCAGGAAAACCGCAAUAAAAAAAACCUUGAAAGGUGUACACAUUUUAUAGCACAGCUAAAAGUUUGGUGUGUUGCCUAUUCGUGUGUGUGUGUGUGUGUUUGUGUUUAAAGGAGGCAAAAAUGGGAGGAAUAAGUAAAAAAAAGUCUGUUGAGCCCCCAUUGGUGUUUUAUCCUAUUAUAAUUGUUUUUGUAACAAAACUUGAAAUUCUGUUUCUAUUGGGAUUAAAAGAAUCUUUCCCUUUAGUGAAGAAAAGAUCUGCUUUUCAUUAGGUUUCUGACAGUUUAAAAAUGUAUUGACCACAAGUAUACUAAAGACUUGCCAUACCAGCACCACUUUGUUUAUUAGCAUUCUGUUCCAGAGCUGUGACUUUUGCAAAGUACUCACCAACUUCCUUGAUGGCUUUGACAAAGGUUAGUUUUGACAGGGUUUUUUCUUUUUCUUUUUUUGAUAUUUAUUUUUAUUAUUCCACUAGAGUAUAAAAAAAAGAAUUGCUUAGAA